AUGCAUGAAGAAGAAGUCUGUGUGGUCUGUGGUGUUCCCGCUGGCCAUCGCUGUUCCAGUUGUCAACAGGUGACUUACUGUGGGCGGGACCAUCAGCGCAGCCACUGGAAAGAAGUUCAUCGUGCCGAGUGUCGCUGUUUCAAGGUUUCACGGAAUUCCCGUUUGGGUCGACACCUAACAGCGACACGACCAAUUCGUCGCGGGGAAACAAUUUUUCGCGAUGCACCGAUGCUGCUGGGGCCGAAAACGAACAGCAUUCCACUUUGUUUGGGCUGCAACCGAAACCUACACCCACAGUUUGCCGCACACAACGACCAGUCCAAUGGUAAAAAGACCCUGUACUACAGUUGUAGCGGUUGUGGCUGGCCUUUGUGCGGUCCAUCCUGCGAAACUUCUCCGCUACACAUCGAGGAGUGUCAGCUGUUUGGUUCCCGAAAAUACCGACCGCAUAUUGUGCCCCGGGAAAACGAACCGGAACGUAAGGAUCCCGCGUAUUGCGUAAUUAUGCCACUGUGGGCAAUUAUGCUAGCGAAGAAGGAUCCCCGCAAAUAUGGGAAGCUGCUUACUUUUGAGUCCCAUCUGGAAACACGAACUAGCACUCCACUUUACGCGGUGCUGAAAUCUAAUUUAGUGCCCUUCAUUCGUAACAUACUGGGCCUACAGGAAUUCGGAGAAGAUGAAAUACUGCAAAUGGCGGGUAUAAUGGAUACAAACUGCUAUGAAAUACGCGUUCGGGAGAAGGAUAUUAAAAUUCGUGGUAUUUUUGAACACGGUGCUUUGAUGAACCACGACUGUUGACCCAAUACCAGUCAUUUUUUCGAUGACAAACUGAAUAUGGUGCUGGUUUCGGCAGUGGACAUUGCAAAGGACGCUGUAAUCUGCACAUCCUACUGCCAACCGCUCUUACCAACCAUUCAACGUCGGUACAUUAUAAAAAUGGCAAAAUGUUUCGAAUGCCUGUGUGACCGUUGUCGGGAUCCUACUGAAUUAGGCACCUACCUUGGAUCGAUCAGUUGCCCCAAAUGCAAUAAAGCUAAGAUGAUUUCCAGUAACCCUUUGGAUGUCCGUUCCGAUUGGCGUUGUGAAAAAAGCAGCAAGCAGUGCUCCUACCGUGAAUCCGCUCAGCAUUACGGGCAGCGAAAUGAAACCAUUCGGGCGGAAAUUAUGGCUCUGCGCAAGGGUGGUGCUCGGGGGUUUGAGCAAUUUCUUGAUACGUGUCAGAAAACGAUGUUGCAUCCCUGGAACUCCAAUUUGCUGCAAGUUAAGUACGCCCUCUGCCAGCUGUAUGGAAAUUUACUGGAGGAACCAACAGCAUCACGAGAUUUAACCGAGAAGCAGAAGCACCAACAGGUUGCACUCUGUACAGACUUACUGGCGGUUGCCGAUAUUCUGGAGCCCGGUCAGAGCCAUUUCCGUGCCAAACUACUAUUAUAUCUUCGUACUGCACUGCAAGCAGCAAAUCCUAGGCCCGGAAUACCAACUGAAACAACAGCUGAACAAGCGCACACGAAUAGCAUCAAUUUUUCGCAUUACACCAUGAACGUUACAGAAUUAUCCGAUGUUGAAAGGGAAGAGAAUUUUUUAAUGAACGGCACCCGCAUGAAAUUAAAAACUAAUUAAAAAGUUGAUCAAAUAUUUCCUAUAUUACAGUGUCCGCCGGAUCGCAAUUUGGAAACCCAACUGGAACGGGUUCAAGGCGAAAUCGAUGAAAUGCUUCGGUCUGACCCUACGCUCGAAAGGCUACUGUUAUAAUGUCAGUUGCUGUCCCAGUAAAUGAAGCUUCCUUCUGAUAUCUGCAUCUACGGAUUGAAAUCAGGGAAAAUUAGUUCUGUUAAGAGAAUAGUUUAUUCGAAAACUUCUCUCUGAUCAACUGGACGAUCCGAAGCGAAUGAAUGGUCAAAACUUCUAACUAAUUCAGUUAAUUUGA